AUGUUCCCUCCACCUCGCCUGUGGCUUGCGGUGUUGUGGAUAUCCGCCGCUGCUGGAUACUGCGCUUGGACAGUGUCCGCAGGACAACUCCGGCCUCCGUACACGAGCCCGGUGAUCCAAACGUGGCAUGACGAUGCCGUCCACCCCGAGAGCGGUGCCAAAGCAUCGGUGUUGCCCGUGAGCUUCAACGCGACCGUGGCAGAUCCGUUCCUGACGCCUGCCAUACUCAUGGAGGGGCUGCGGAGCACCGGGAAAGCGAUCACACCACGGCACAUCUUCACGAAUGCCGCACUGCGGGUCGUCUUCGACGUUCCAAAUCCUGGUCUGGACUUUUUCAUCAAUCUCACCUCUGCCACGUACCCACUCAUUCAGGACCUGAACGGCACGCUGUGGCAGUCCGUGCUGCCCGCGAAGAUCGAGGUGGUGAAGCAGAACAGCAAGUACACCUACGAUGUGGGGAGCCUCAGCGUGAAGAGCCACCGGUCUCAGUCCGAGUCUGUGGAGGUGGUGGCGGGGGCUCCGACCGCCGACGCGGAGUGCUUCACCUUGAAAGCGUGCUGUGCACUGAACUCAAGCUACUACCAGAAGUACGAGCUGGUGGACAGUCCUGUGCCUCCGUACGUGUGCACAGGUGUACCCAUCCCGUACUUGCUGAGGCACUUCACUUUCGAUGUGGACAGCACUGUCAAGUUCCGAGAGUCGGCAGAGGGCGCUUCAUGUGAAAUGAGGGCGAAUCGAUGGACGGAAGGAUCGGCGAUGUGCACGACAGACUCACGUGUUUCCCUGGCGGGUGUUACGGCAAGUCCUCCGUACAGACUGCCGUCUUCUGCUUUUUCACUGUGCCGCCAAGGAGACAACCUAACGAACUCAGAGUCUGGGCCAUCUCCCAUCCCUGUCGUGAUCACUGCAUUUUGCUCCGAAAGUCGGUGCAUUGGAUACACGCCGGCCAACUACCGCAGCGACCGAAGCACCUGCCUCAACUACCCACUGGGGUUCUACACCUCGGCCGAUGAAAACAACACAAACCAGUUCAGCUCUUUCGAGGGCAACGCCGCUGCAUUAUGGCCCUACUAUUACAACGGCUGCAGGUGGAUCGACGACGUCACCAUGUCCUCUCCCACCACGAUCCGAGACAUCAGCUUGCAGUGCGACGUGCCGGCGUCGACGGGGUGGUCGCUCUCGUACGAGAACUUCAGCGCUCAUCUCACAGAUACCAUCGCACCGCUCUUUCCGAUUGGCCGCCCAACGCGGGUCUCAGGGCAGUACGUCAGUCCGACGGACACGGACACCAUCCUCUUCGAGCUUGAGUACAUAUCCUUCUCCAGCUUCAAGGCGGGCAGGUGGACGUUCAGGAUCUGCACGAGUCAGAAGUGCGCCACGCCGACCGUUCCGGUGGCGGGUGACACAGGACAUUACCCCAAUGUGAUGCGUGUCACCGUCUCCGCGUCCCAGCUAGGCCUCUCCGCAUCGCCCCGCGAACCCGCCGUGAGCGUCGAGGUGUACUCCGCCAUUACACCAACGACGAGCCCUUUCCGCACCCUCCUCGCCCCGUCGGUCGUGUACGUGGACACGGCAGCCACGCCUUUGUCACAGGAUACGAUGAAUAUAACCCUCGCUCGUGACCCGCCAGAGCGUGUCCCCUCUCCAUACGCCGCUAGCACAUCGGGGGGGACAACUAGUCAAGUGCUGUGCGAGGGGGACUACCGCUUCUCGACGGUGAUGAACAACUGCCAGCCGCUGACGGACAAGGACUGCGCUACGAAGUAUCGCGCCCGUCGCUCGAAGUUCGACCCUGUCACCAGGGCGUGCGCAUACCCCGUCCCGCCGCUGAAUGGUCCCCUUGUCUUCAAGUCGUUGGCUGAACCAAAGCCGCCGCGCACGUACAGCCCCGAAGAGCUGCGCGCCAUCCUCAAGACCGUGAAGCUGCCGCAGUUCCUCCGCACCAUGGAGAAGUUGUAUGAGGAUUACGAGUGGGAGAUGGUACGGUGGGAGGGGGGACCAGUGAGACUUCCACCCGGGCGAGCCGCAGCCGCUGAGGACACUGGCGUUGCUGCUGUUGCCGCCGCAGACGAGUCGGGUGUGACGUACAUCAACGAGUCCCCGAUGCCUGGGGCGCGCGGCCUGAGCGUUACGUGCAUCUCGGCGACAUGUGUCCUGUGGACGGUGGCACUGCUGCGGGACGUGCUUCAAAAGCUGUUUGCAAUGGGCCCGUGGCAUGGCCAGCGCCAGUGUGGGUUUUUUGCGAGUGCGGUGAGCUGCUGCCAUUGGCUCAGGGGGGCAUGCGCAAAGGACCGGAAUGAGGCACGACCACAGCAACGGAGUGCCACGAGCAAUACCACAGUCACGCCAACGACUGUCCAGGCCUCCGCUCCUCGAAGCACGACACAGAGCGGGCAGAGCGGUCAACAUGCCAAUCCUGCGCUCCAGGAGCGGAAAGGGCAGGGCGCGACACUCACGGCAGAGACGCCUUUGGAGUCUACAAGGAAGUCUCCUCACGGGGGGCCUCGCGAACCCGCCACCUCAGCUCCGUUCCAGCCGAGAGACACAACAGCCAUACCGCAGCGCAAGAGGCAGGAUGGGGGGAAGAAGAGGCAUCUGCCGCGCACGCACAACAGUCACGAUGCCGAGCAAGAACAUCGACAGAGCGUACCGGCAGGUGCAACGCGGCCGGGCUCUUCGUGGGGUGACGCACGCCCCGACGUCUCCGCAGCGCACCCGCCGGCCUACGACGUCUUUGGCUUUCCGGAAGCGCAACACGUGCCGUUUGGCAGCGGGCCGGGGUUUGCUGCCCCGGGUGACAUGCCCUUCUUUGAGGGCGACUACACGAGCCAGCGAGUUUGGUUUUCUGAUGAGGGGGUGGGGUUAGGCUACGUGCCAGCUGCCUUUGCCCGGCCACAUUCCGCAUCGUCGCAUCGGUGCCACAGCGGCCCGUCUUCGCCCUAUCCGGCUUCCUCUCCCCCGUCGCCGGGGUGGUACCCCUUCGAGAAUGUCCACCACCCUGCGCCGUCUCCCUGCUACGCCCCGUACGACGCCCCUCUGCCAGGGUUCAGUCUGGAUCCGUCGUCGACGCCGUACUACGGCUCCACCCACGCCGCGCCGCCGUCGCCGUUUGCCGGGUUCGACGCGUUCCCUCCAGUCUCCUCGGUGCGGCAGUCCUCCCGUGUGGAGGUGCUCUCCUCGGACACUGAUGGAGCACACGGCGACAACAGCGCGCCAGCAGCGCCGUCUCCAGCGGGUCGCACACGCCGCCCAAACAGCAUGGUCUGA